GGGUAUGAUCUCGUCUACCAGGGGGAUGACGGGGGCUAUUUUGUGGGGAGAGGGUCUGCAGGUAUUGUUGGAGGGCGAUACUUCCGGUGGGUUGGAGAUGAUGGCGCACGCCUUCUUGACAGGCUCGGGCAAGGGCAUUCAUUGUGUGCUUAAUCCUAAUGGCAGAG